AUGCAGGCCAACAGAGGAAACGCUGAGGCCCUGGGUCGCAAGGCCAAGCUUGCUCGCUCGUAUCAGGAGCUUCUUGACGAGUUCUCCAACAAAGACCUCAGCUCUGUCGGCAACUACACUCUCGGUCGUCUUAUCGGAAAAGGUUCCUUUGGCAAGGUCUACUUGGCUUCUCACAAGCUCACUAAUGGCUCCAAAGUCGUCCUCAAAUCUGCUAACAAGGGCGACUCGAACCUCGCACGCGAAAUACACCACCACCGCCAAUUUGUUCACCCGCACAUUGCCCGACUGUAUGAGGUCAUAGUUACCGAGAAUCUGGUGUGGUUGGUUUUGGAAUACUGUUCUGGCGAUGAACUCUACAACUACCUCCUCGAACAUGGGCCCCUCCCCGUCCACAAGGUCCAAAAGAUAUUUGCCCAACUCGUUGGCGCUGUCGCACACGUACAUCAGCAAUCAUGUGUUCACCGCGACUUGAAGCUGGAAAACAUACUCUUUGACAAACACGAGAACGUCAAGCUGGUGGAUUUUGGUUUCACCAGAGAAUACGAGGGCAAGUCCAACUACCUGCAGACAUUCUGCGGUACAAUAUGCUACUCGGCGCCCGAAAUGCUCAAGGGCGAGAAAUAUGCCGGAGAAAAAGUCGACGUCUGGAGCCUCGGUGUUAUCCUGUAUGCCCUUCUAUGCGGAGAGCUGCCAUUCGACGAUGACGACGACAACGUAACACGGACGAAGAUACUUAGUGAAGAACCAAAGUACCCCGAUCAUCUCCCUCCUGUCGCCAUUCCGUUAAUCAAGUCCCUACUCUCCAAGCGACCGUUACUUCGACCCUCCCUCCCCGACAUCCUCACCAAUCCUUUCCUCGCCGAACAUGCCCCUGCACAGCAAGCAAUCCUGAAACUACAAAGGCCGCCACCUUUCUCAACACAUCUAGAGAAGGAGACUCUUCAGCGCAUGCGGGGUGCGGGUGUCGAUAUUGACUCUGUCAUCGAAAGUGUGCUUGCUCAGCGGUGCGAUGCUUUGGGUGGCUGGUGGACGCUGCUUAUCGAAAAGGAACAGCGGAAAGUCAAGAGGAGGGAGAGGAAACGUCGGGAAAGGGAGGCUGAAAACAGGAGCUUGCGUCGUCUGUCCGCCGCGUCUAGCAGACUUGAGCGGAUUGCGCCCGUGUUGCAAGAGGUCGACGAAGACGGCGGGUUGACAAACCGUUUCAUCAGACUUGAAGACGGGCCCGUGACGCCACGGACAAGAGGCCGGUCAGAGAGAAGAAGUGCGCAUUACUCCGACUUGGGGGACUUGCCGGGCCUGCCGGAGCACAGCAAGGAAAACGGAAGUCCAGAUACAGAGGAACCACCUCCACCAAUCGAUAAGGAUUCGAUCCGGUCUGCCAUGACCACUUCGGAAGCUUUGGCGGCUAACGGGACGCCAGAGCGACCCCCUGAACAACAGCGCAAAGUUCGCAAGAAGCCCUCACAGGCCAUCAUUGCACACUGGAAGAAUUGGACGCAUUGGUUCUUCGAAAACACCCGCAGGGGACGGCACGCGAACAAGAGAGGCAGUCACUCGACACCCAACCUGGUCGAUAAAAACGGCAGUGUUGCAGGCAGCAGCAGUAAACACUCCAAGGACACAAGCCCUCGGCCGCAGACAAGCAAGUAUCCAACAACGGAUGCGGCAAUACCUCAGGGAACGGCUGGACUGCCUCGUGGUGUGGUGGCUAAUGGCCAUGCCAACAAGGCACUGCCAAAUCACGGAGGAUCUGGCGGCUUCAGCAGUUCAGCUUAUGGUGGGGGCUCUGCUCCCUCGCGGGUACCGUCCCGAAUUGCAACAUCCUACAAGCGACAAUCAUUGUCGCCAUCUCCCAUGACCCCGCGUACUACAAUGCGGCGUUCAUCGGCAGGUUUGAGGGGCCGCAAGUCCACUUCAUCAUCAGUCUCGUCCAUCCGUUCAAUGCCCCACCACCACCACUCUCAUUCCAAGGCAUCGUCAACAAGCUCCAACGGUUCAGUCUCGACUUCCAUGUCCAAAAAUACACUCCAGCGUGGGCAAUCACCUCAUCACUCAGUCAAAGUUCUCCCUGCCACUCCGACCGCGAUUGCCUUCCCGUCAAAUAUCCGUUUAGUUCGAGGGCCAGGUCCUCCGGCUCCUCUUGCUCUAUUCAAUGAGGGCAUGCCACCCCCGCCCGUAGCAUCGGGAAUGCAGGCUCCCGGCUCGCCAAAUCCCUUUGCCCUGGGAGGGGGAAUUCAAUUUGCCAAGCGGAAGCGAAAUAUCUUCAAGGGCCCGAUGCUGACUUUUGGGGGAGGUGGCAAUGGUGGCGGCGGCGGCGGAGGAGGAGGUAGCAGCUCACGAAGCACCGGUUCUAACCAUUCGCGCAGUGCAAGUGCUUCUGGGAUCGGACGACGGUCAGGCGAAGUCACCAUACAGGAGGAGGAAGAAGGCGAAGAAGUGGAAGAAGAGAUUGAGGAGGUUGACGCGUUUAGCCCUGUCGUCGGGUUGCCAGGCGAGCGCAUCGAGGAGCAAAUUAUUGAAGACAGCGAGACAGAGGCCCUGGCAGAGCAGUCGAACGAGGAGGACGCUGCUGCUCCAGUAACGCCAAAAGCCGCAGCCGCUCCUGUCCUGACAUGA